AAUAAAUGAGAUUAAAAAUCCAUAAAAAAAAUUGACUCUAUAAAAUGUUAUCAAAAAGUCUAAUAUACUUAUCACCUAAAUUUGAUUAGAUAUUCUGAUGUAUAUUAUAUUCUAGCAACUAUAAUUUUUAUCGAACCUAUCUAUUAUGCGUAGAAUCGGCGAUAAUGGAUCUUAUAAGAAUCUCGCGGGUGAUGAAGCCGUUAAAAUUUCAAUUUAACAUCCAAAGAUGCGAGUUUUAGUUGCCUUGGCAUUUUUGAUGACCUGCGCCGCCGAAAGAAAAAUUGUGUGUUACUUCGGCAGCUGGUCAGUUUACCGCCCGGGUAAUGGAAGAUUCAGUAUAGAAAACAUAGACCCUCACCUAUGCACUCACUUGGUCUACACAUUCGUGGGAUUAAAAGGCUCUAGCAUCAGAGUUCUGGACCCAUGGCAAGACUUACCUACAAACUACGGCAAGGACGGGUUCAGAAGGUUCAACAAAUUGAAAUUGAAGAAUCCUGCUUUGAAAACUCUGGUAGCAAUUGGAGGGUGGAAUGAAAGAUCCAGGAAGUACUCAAUAAUGGCGAGCAAUCCUGAAUCCAGAGAGUGCUUCGCUGAUAACGCAGUCGCGUUUGUCAAACAGUGGGGCUUUGAUGGGUUUGACCUGGACUGGGAGUACCCUAACCAGCGCGGUGGUCAACCCAGGGAUGUUCAGAACUUUGUAGAGCUUCUGAAAGUAAUGAGACAGAAGUUUGAUCAAGAAGGAUUGAUACUGAGUGCUGCUGUGGCUGCAGCUGAGUCUUCAGCUGCUAAAUCUUAUGAUAUUGUUGAGAUUAGCAAGUACCUGGACUUUAUUAAUCUAAUGGCGUAUGACUUCCAUGGGUUCUGGGAUCACAAGACUGGACAUAAUGCUCCUUUGUUUGCUGCUCCUGGUGAUUCUGAAGACCUGCAAAAAUUCACAUCUGAAGCAGCAGUGAACUACUGGUUAUCCAAAGGCGCGCCUAGGGAGAAGUUAAUCCUCGGAAUUCCAACUUACGGACACUCAUUUACACUGGCAAAUCCCAAAAACAACGGAAUUGGAGCUGCUACUUCAGGUUAUGGUGAUCCUGGACCCUACACCCAGCUUGGAGGAAUGCUCGGGUACAAUGAAAUCUGUGAGAUGCAACAACAUGGCGGCUGGAAUUUCUUCUUCGACGAAGAAAGACAAGUCCCCUGGGCUUACAGAGGGUACCAGUGGAUCAGCUUUGACAAUGUCGAGUCGAUAAAAGCCAAGGCUCAGUUUGCCAAGGAAAAGGGUCUAGGAGGCACCAUGGUCUGGAGCAUCGAGACUGAUGACUUUCACGGCAUCUGUGGAGAAAGUUAUCCGCUAAUAAAAACUCUCAAUGUUAUUCUUCGAAGUUAAGAAUUUCCUUGGGUUAAAAAUAAAUUUCCGUGCAUCAAUUUUUUAAUUUGUAAAAUUAUGUCUCUACUUUCAUCGCGUUUGUAGGUUAACAUUGAUUCAAACAAUGAAUCAAAACAUUGUAAAACUAUAUUUUUAUAAGAUUACAAACUUACGCAAUUAAAUCACUCACCUGUUGUAUUUAUUUUAUGAUAUUUAACUGCUAUUAUUCAUAAACAUGCUUACGCAGCACACCUGCGCGUGUCAAAUGUUUACACUCGACUUACACUUUUCGGUUGGUAACA